AUGGCGUCGGUGUCGGUGGAGGUCUUCGUGGCGAAGCAGCUGGACCUGCUGGAGAUCGAGAGAGACGCGGAGAUCGAGGAGAGCAGGUCCUGGCAGGAAAGCGUGUCUCUGAAGGAGCUCCAGAGCCGAGGAGUUUGUCUGCUGAAGCUGUCGGUUUCCAGCCAGCGGACUGGGCUAUACGGGCGACUGCUGGCCACCUUCGAGUCCUGGCGGUGUGGGUCUGCAGCGGUGUUGCCUAGCAACAGCUUCACUUCCGGUGAUAUCGUGGGGCUGUAUGACACCGCCGAAGGAGGCAGCCCGCUGGCCACGGGGAUUCUGACCCGCGUCACCCAGAAGUCCGUCACGGUGGCCUUUGACGAAACACAGGAUUUGCAGUUGAGCCUCAGCCGAGAGAACCUCUACAGGCUCCUCAGAGUGGCCAACGAUGUCACCUAUAAACGACUGAAGAAAGCUCUGCUGGCCCUGAAGCAGCAACACUCAGGCCCCGCGUCCCCCCUCUUAGAUGUCAUCUUCGGGGAGUCAGCCCCCAGUCCCGUGGGCGAAACACCUGCGCUCACCUUCUGCAACCCCUCCCUGGACGCCUCCCAGAGAGAAGCGGUCUCGUUCGCACUGGCCCAGAAGGAGCUAGCCAUCAUCCACGGACCUCCGGGUACCGGGAAGACCACAGCGGUGGUGGAGCUCGUCCUGCAGGCCGUGAGAGGGGGUUUGAAGGUCCUGUGCUGUGCGCCCUCCAACGUUGCGGUGGACAACCUGGUGGAGCGCCUGGCCCGUUGCGAGAGGCGAGUCCUACGCCUGGGACACCCGGCCCGCCUGCUGGAGGCUGUUCAGCAGCACUGCUUGGACGCCGUGCUGGCCCGCAGUGACAGCGCCCAGAUUGUGGCAGACAUCAGGAGGGACAUCGACCAGGCCUUUGCGAAGACCGGAAAGGCUCAGGACAAGGGCGAGAAGAGUCGUUUGCGGAACGAGAUCAAGCAGUUACGGAAGGAACUGAAGACGAGGGAAGAGGCAGCCAUGCUGGAGAGCCUCACCUCGGCCAGUGUGGUCCUGGCGACCAACACCGGUGCUUCUUCUGAGGGCCCUUUAAAGCUGCUGCCCGAGGACUACUUUGACAUGGUGGUCAUCGAUGAGUGUGCUCAGGCCCUGGAGGCCAGCUGCUGGAUCCCUCUGCUGAAGGCCAGGAAGUGCAUCCUAGCUGGGGACCACAAACAGCUGCCGCCCACCGUGGUCUCGCACAAGGCUGCGCAGGCGGGAUUGUCGCUCAGCCUGAUGGAGCGUCUGACGGAGCGGCACAGCGGGCAGGUGCGCAUGCUGACGGUGCAGUACCGCAUGCACGAGGCCAUCAUGCGCUGGGCCUCCGUGGCCCUCUACCACGGGCGGCUUGUGGCGCACCCCUCGGUGGCGGGACACCUCCUCAGGGACCUCCCGGGAGUGGCCACCACCGAGGAGACAGCUAUUCCCCUGCUGCUCAUCGACACGGCUGGCUGUGGGCUGUUGGAACUUGAAGGGGAAGAGGAGCAGUCGAGAGGAAACCCAGGUGAGGUCCGCCUGGUCAGUGCGCACGUCCAGGCUCUGGUGGACGCCGGCGUCCCAGCCCGGGACAUUGCUGUCAUCACGCCAUACAACCUCCAGGUGGACCUGCUCCGGCAGAGCCUUGCUCACAGGUACCUGGAGCUGGAGGUAAAGUCGGUGGAUGGCUUCCAGGGCCGAGAGAAGGAAGCUGUGGUCCUGUCCUUGGUCCGGUCUAAUAGGAGAGGCGAAGUCGGCUUUCUGGCAGAGGACCGGCGUAUCAACGUGGCCAUCACCCGCGCACGACGCCACGUGGCAGUUGUCUGCGACUCGCGCACCGUCACAUGCCACGAGUUCCUAAAGACCUUGGUGGGCCACUUCACGGAGCACGGGGAAGUGCGUACAGCAUUUGAGUACCUUGAUGACCUGGUGCCCGAGAACUACGCCCAUGAGAGCCCCCAGGGCCCUACCUCAGCCACCAGGAAGCUGCAGGGCGGCGGGCGGCAGGCGGGAGGCCGGGCGGCCAGGGCUGCCAGACUGGACCGGAAGAAGCCAGACGUGGGUCCUUCAGGCUCUGAAGCCCUUUCUCAGCCUGGCCCCCACGGCCUGGGCGGUGCAGAGGCAACGGAUGGGAAAGACGACGUGGACCACUUCAGAGCCAUGAUCGUGGCCUUUGUGGAGAGCAAGGAGACAAGGCUGGAGUUUCCCACCUCCCUGAACUCCCACUCCAGGAUGAGGGUCCAUCAGAUCGCUGAGGAGCUGGGGCUGAGGCACAGCAGCAGCGGGGAAGGCAGGGAGCGGCGUGUGACUGUGAGCAAGAGUGUCCACCCAGCUCUGCCAACCCCCGGCCCCGUGCACGCCGAGUGUCCCCCCGGCCCUGUGCACGCCAAGUGUCCCCCCGGCCCCGUGCACGCCGAGUGUCCCCCUGGCCCCGUGCUCGCCAAGUGUCCUCCUGGCCCCGUGCUCGCCGAGUGUCCCCCUAGCCCUCUGAAGGCUGAGUGUCCACCCAGCGCCGUGCAUGCCGAGUGUCCCCGUAGCCCUCCGCAGGCUGAGGGUCCACCCAGCGCCGUGCACGCUGAGUGUCCUCCCGGUGAGCUGAGCAACGGUGGCCGAGGUGGGGGCCCGCUGGACCUGAAGGCGCUGCACCUGGAGCGAUUGCAGAGGGAGGCGGGCCGCCAGGAGCCACUGGCUAUGAAGGACCAGGAGGCUGCGGGACCUCAGAAGAGGGUAGAGAAGAAAAAGAAGAAAGAAGGCAAAGGACACACAGAAACUGCGGUGCCUGUGGAGGAAGAUCUGGAUGCCCUGGUGUCCGCUGCUGGGAAGGCCAAUAGUACUUGUGCCUUCGCCAAGUGCUCAGCCAGCGUCGUGACCCUGGGUCAGCUGUGUCCACACUGCUGCCGUCAGUACUGCUUGGGCCACCACCUGCCCGAGGUCCAUGGCUGUGGGGAGCGGGCGCGUGCCCAUGCUCGCCAGAGGGUCAGCCGGGAGGGUGUGCUCUACCCAGGCAGCGGGACCAAGGACAGGGCCCUGGAUCCAGCCAAAAGGGCCCAGCUGCAGCGACGACUGGACAGGAAGCUGGACGCCUUGACCAGCCAGCGGAAGAGUAAGAGGAGGGACAAGAAAACCCGGGACGGGGGCUCCAUCUCCCCAAGAGUCUCCUUGCCACCGCUGUCCCCAUGCUUCCAUGCUGGCUGUGCCCAUGCCUGCCCUCUGCCAACCGGGCCCAGCACCCCACUCAGUCUGUGCCACCCUCCUGCCGCCCAGGCCCAGUUCCCCGUCUGUACUACCACAGCCUUCCUCACAUGA